AGGUGGCCGGUUAUAACGGUUCACUUCGAGGAUAAGGAGAUGAAACUGCUGUCUAUGUUUCAACUCUGGGGAGAGAGGGGACGCAGCACAAAUGUAAGGGUUUGUGGAGUGACAGGGGUAAAGUCAAGAGAAACAGAGCGUCGACUUCUCGACAAAUGGUUACGUCUUUGACCGUGUACUGUGGAAGUGUACCAGCGCCAGUGCUCUGCAAUGUUUGUUCGCCGGACGGGAAAACUGAAAUAAUCCAUUACCUUUCCUCUUUCCCAUACUGUCGAAGUUCUGCUUCCCGCGUUCACUUUGGCCAAAAGCGGAGCGGAGGACCCGAACAGGAGACGAACUUCAAAAAGACAACAGACGCCUAGUCCGUCUGUAGACAAGUUUGCUGUUCGUCUUGCGGCGCGCACCGGGCACGUGCGGUUGAUGUUGGACGAUGGCGGUAUCUGGGAGAGUCCGAGCGCUCCUGUUAUUGUUAUGGAUUUUUCAAGGUGACUCCCAGCGGGUGGAGAUGCCCAGGAGAGAGAUGGAGGUGGUGAAGGGUCAGAUGGUGGUCCUGCAGGCCUGGUACAGCCCCACAUCUGAUAUCGGCAGGAACAGCGUCAUCUGGAACUUCAUGGCCAACGACUCCAAGCAGGUAAUCUCCUACAGUAACGGUGAGCCAGGGAUAGGUAGUCAUGAGUUCAGGAAGCGUGUUGGGUUCAGCCUGUCCAUGCCCUCGGCCAAUCUCUCCAUCUACAUCAACAACACCCAGGAAUCAGACUCAGGACGAUACCUCUGCAAUGUCAUCAUCCCUGGAGCCCCCGGACUCUCUGGAGAAAUGCGCCUUAAUGUCAAAGUCCCUCCCUCGCCUCCUGUGUGCACGAUGACUGGGUCAUCUGUGUUGAACGGCAACGUGACACUGAGCUGUAAGUCCAGCUCGGGCAAACCCAUCCCUCAGUACAAAUGGACCAAGAAUGCUCCCAUGUCAGAGGUCUUCUUUUCCCCCAUGCAGAAAUGGAGAGCCUGCCCCUCGCCCUUGCUUGUUCUAGGGUUCAUGGAUGAGAGGCAAGGCACCCUCAGGCUGAGUAACCUCACUAAGAGCAUGUCAGGGAAAUAUGUGUGCCGAGCUAGCAACACUGCCGGCUCUGACACUUGCUCUAUCAACCUGGAGGUCUUCACCUCCUCUAAUGCUGGAACCAUUGUUGCUGCUACUCUGGGGUCCAUCGUGGGACUGGUAGCCAUCAUACUCUUCCUCAUCUUCAUACUGAGGAGGAGAGACCACGAAGAGGAGAUGGCCAAUGAUAUCAAGGAGGAUGCCCAGGCACCCAAGCGUGUUUCCUGGGCAAAGAGUGGCACAGGCUCAGACAUCCUCUCCAAAAAUGGGACGCUGUGCUCCAUAGACAUGAGCCCCCAUCUGCGAGACCCCCAGCAGCCCAACAACUUCCACUACCCCUACCCCACUGCCCCGGUCUGUGACACAGGCUCUGUGCUCAACGCCUACCGCCUUCGGCCUGGAGAGCCCAACCCUCUGCAGGGCCUCCCAGGGUACAUCAGUGGCACACCUCCACCCGGGCACACCAGACCCCACUGUGUUGCUAACAACAUUGAUGCCACCUCUCCACACGGGCACAGUCAACCCCCCAGUUCUAACCACAUCAGUGGGGCUCCACCCCCUGGCCACACCCGGCCCCUCAGCACUAGGAUCAUUGUUGACACCCCUCCCUAUGGGUUCAGUGAACCCCCCAGUUCUAACCGUGUUGGUGUCACCUCUCCACAUGGGUUCAGUGAACCCCCCAGUUCUAACCAUGUUGGUGUCACCUCUCCACAUGGGUUCAGUCAACCCCCCAGUUCUAACCAUGUUGGUGUCACCUCUCCACAUGGGUUCAGUCAACCCCCCAGUUCUAACCAUGUUGGUGUCACCUCUCCACAUAAGCACAGUCGACCCCCAAGUUUUAACAAAAUCGGUGCCUCCUCUCCACAUGGGCACAGCAGACCACCGAGUUCGAACCACAUUGGUGGCAGAGCUCCACACAGGCACAGCAGACCUCACAGUUCCAACCACAGCCGACCCACCAGCAUCAGUAGCAUGCCUCACUAUGGACACAGCAGAUCCUCCAGUUCCAACGGUGCCCCACCCCAUUCCCCACCUGGCCACAUGGUCACAGACCCCGACAAGACUGAGGGGGCCCAGCCCCAGGUACCACGCCCUCUCACCUCGCCCAUCAGAUCCGCCACCCUGGCCCGUAUGGGUGCUGUGCCCGCUCAGAGCCAGGCUGGAUCACUGGUAUAGCCCACUGGAGGGUAUCCUGUUUUACUAUUGAGCACAAAAAACUGAAGCAAAUGGAUAAAGACUUCCUCAAAGGAAGACUGCAUAGAGGAGAGGAUUUGCUAGGAAUUAAACUCUUUUUUUAUUGCAAUCGUUCAAAAUAAGUAGAAUAAAGAGCUCAUGCUAAAGAAGGCACUUGUUGAAUCUACGGUAUUCAAGUCUGCACAAGUUCAGACUUACUUGAUUUGUUUUUAUUCUUUUUGCUGUUUAAAUCUUUUUUGCUAAAUAUGUUUUUGCUUUUAUAUGCCAUGCUCAGAUUCUUUAAGGUUAAAACAAGGCCUAUUCUCUAAGGCCACAAACAUUUUUUAUGGAAGAAGUUGUUUGUGAAGAGGUUGUUGAAUCGGUAUAUUUGACAGUUGUAUGACAUAAACAUUUUACAUAUAAUGUAUAUAUGAAAUAUUGACAUUGAUAAGCGAGGUGUUGUCUGGAGAGAACGUAUGCUCAUCAACUCACAACACCAUCAUGCUGACACUAAGCAUAUUACUGCUCAUAGAGAUGUGUUAAACAUUUAACUUCACACACACACACCUGAUAUACAGUAAAGCACACUCCCUUAGUCCUCCUGGACAAUGUUUUUCUCAGGCCAACUGUUCAUGUUGAGUUGUGUUUCACUCCAGUAAAACUGCCCAUACAUGCUCUA